GCCCUCGUAGAGUUCAAGCGGCAACUUAACUUGUGUGUUGUGAUUGAUGGGAUGAGAUUUUAUCCGUGCGUACAAGCCACACACUGCUGGAAAAAUGGUGUACCUAAAAUCUUUCUGCGUUUUAUGCCUGUUUUUCUUUACUGCAUCUACAGCAAGUGAGGAUCCUCCGGUGGUUACCACGAGCCAGGGUCGCAUCGUCGGCACGAGGCUCGAGUUCAGCCCCAUCGACCCUGCGCUUCGCCGGAGCGUGGACGCCUACCUCGGCAUACCGUACGCUGAGGCUCCCGUCGGCCCGCUGCGCUUCAAACCUCCCGUCGCUAAGUCGUGGAGCGGGGAGCUUCAGGCCACCAAGCUGGGCAACCGCUGCCCUCAGCCCCCCUUUCCAAUGGGAAAUGUGACACUGACUGGGCCUUUCGACGAAGAUUGUCUGUGUGUCGAUGUGUUCGUGCCUCAACCCGUUCCUCCAGAUGCAGCCGUUCUUGUCUACAUUCAUGGUGGUGCCUUCAUCGUAGGAGCUGGUGUCAUGACGGAUAUGUACCCACUUGCCAUUGCUGCUGUUGGUGAUGUGAUUGUCGUAACACUGAACUAUCGACUGGGGGCUCUCGGCUUUCUUUCAACAAACGAUGACGUCAUCCGGGGUAACAUGGGUCUUUUGGACCAGCGUCUAGCCAUGGAGUGGGUAAGAGACAACAUCAAAGCUUUUGGCGGAGAUCCAGCACGAGUGGCCAUCUUUGGCGAGAGUGCUGGGGGAGGCUGCGUAGGCCUACACAUGGUGUCACCGGGCAGUGGAGGUCUCUACCGAGGUGCCAUCUUAGAGAGUGGCGAUGGAGCUGCCCCUUGGGCAACUAUUCCAGGAAAUAAGGCCCCUAGUCGAGCCUUCGCUUUUGGAAAGCUAGUUGGCUGCGAACGCCAAACGUCGGAAGAGUUGCUGGAGUGUCUGCAGCAGUUGGAGGGAUUUGACACGAUCAUCGAAAACCAAUAUGAUAAGUUACUUGCAGAAUUGGGAGGGGAGAUGUUGGCCUUUGUGCCUGUUGUUGAUGGCAAGGUCAUCCCUGCUGACCCCAAUGACCUCUACGAGCAGGGUGCCGUCAACGACGCAGCUUCCAUCAUCGGAUCUGUUGCAGAUGAGGGUAUGCUUAUGGUCAGACUUUUCUUCCCCAACAACACCGAUGAAGCCCCGUUCGUCGACAGCGACACCUAUGACACGUAUGCCAAACUUUACCUGGCUGGGGCGGUAAGCCACGAGCCGAUUGUCGCAGAUGCAGCCAAAAUGAUGUACUCUGAUGCUACCUGUACAGCUCCAGAUGCGCCGGACUGCGACUAUCUCCAGAGCCUCUCGCAGGUCGUCGGCGACGUCAUGUUCGUCUGUUCUGCGGUGAAAACGGCAAAGGCCUUCACCAAGGCGGGCCGUAAGGUCUACCACUUCUUCAUGAAUCACAUCGCUACCACAACCUUAUUGGGCAAUAAGUGGACCAAGUCUAUGCACGGCGACGAUCUCAUUUUCGUCUUUGGUCUGCCUCUCGUCGCUUCUGCAAACUGGUCAUACACCGAGGAUGAAGCUUGGAUGUCGAUUCAGACCAUCAAGUACUGGGUGAAUUUGGCUAAAACUGGCAAUCCAAACUUGGCCUCCGUGGAUGGUGAGCAGGGGGAGGAGGAUAAGCUGCCGGAAUGGCCGUUGUUUACCCUCGAGGAACUCGCCUACAAAGACCUGUCGCCCUCCAUGGGAAAUGGGCGUGGCAUCAAGGCGAAAGAGUGCCACAUGUGGAACGAGUUCAUACCAAAGCUCAUUCAGACUGCCGAGGAAGCCAAAAAGUGCCAAGAGGCCAAAGAAGUGAAAGAAAAAAACGAUGACAUUGUUGCUGACGGCACGUGCACGAAGGAAACCUGCCCCGAGGAAUAGAGAAAGGAUUAAUCGGCCCAGCUAGGGGUACGAAGCAAAACGAUGUCCAAAGCAAGCUUUAGUACACGUGCAUUGCUAGUUUCCAUGCUCUCAGGAGUAUUGUAACCAUAACUCAUAGCUAAUAUUUGAUCAUGCAAGUCACGUAGUGAAAUUGACCUUAAUUGAAAUUUACCGAUCCGUAGUCUCAGGCAUUGAGCUUUUCAGACGACACUGUGUUGAGGAUGUCAACUGAUUAUUUGCGGAGCUGUCGACUGGAUUGUGCAUUUUUCAGUCGGCAGAUUAGUUAUGAGACCCUAGUGGAAUUAAAAGUGUAAUUUCUAUCAAAUCACACACGUGUAAGAGAUGUAAGAAGUGCAACGACCUAUAUUUGACAAUGUGAUAUACCAAAAAAAAUUUCAUUCACGGGUUAUGCCAACCGAAGCCAAAGUUACGGCCUGUACCAGGGACCAGAGGUUAUAAGUUCAACUCGAAGUUCGCUGGUCCAAUCUGCUCGCAUAUGGUAAGAUAUUCUAGGAAGGCAGCUGCGCCGAUCCAACCUUUUACAAAAGUGGGCCGUACGUGUGUUUCUGUAGUGAAAGCUCCCGUCUUUAAAAUUAUCGAAAACCAGUGGACGGCAGAGAAAGAAAUAGUAAAAAAAAAAGAAAAAAAGGAAGGUAUCCUCAAACACCCUAAGUGGGAGCCCCCUCCUAAAUCAAAUUAUUUGCUUGGAAAUACUUGUGGUAAUCAUAACCGACGCUCUUAUCCACCGGUGAUGGCUUUGUCAGUUUGCUUCUGCUAAGUGCUUUUCCCGCUUUGGAAAGAGAUUUACCCCCUUUCUGGCGAUGCCCUUUGCCCCCAGAGUGUCGAAAUUGGAAAGUGUGUACAAGGUCUUCCUGUCUUACACAGGAAAUUGUUAUUUUUUUUUAAAUAAUGAAUCAUGCCCAGUUAAUUUUUCUGUCCAAAGCUAUCAGCUGAGCUACAUAUCGUCGUCCACUUUCUGAACUGGUUGCUUUGGAAUAGGAUAUGUUUGAAGAAGUGAAAAAAAUUGUGGAGUUAUGGAAUUGCUAUAUAUUUGUACGUGUAGAGACUUCUAAUAAAACAUGAUAUUAAUUUGUUUA